UUCAUUUUUUAUUCGUAUAUAUUUGGCUGAAAACCUGAAACAAAUAAUUGGCUUUGAAUCUUCUCUCCCCCUAACCAAAAUAGGGUUUUCUUUUUUCGUCAUAUUCACGCCAAAUCGAUCAGCUAUGGGAGGAGGCAAUGGCCAAAAGUCCAAGAUGGCGCGUGAAAGAAACGUCGAGAAGGCUAAAGCCAGCGCUAAAGGAAGCCAGCUAGAAUCAAACAAGAAAGCUAUGUCGAUUCAGUGCAAGGUGUGCAUGCAGACAUUUAUGUGCACAACAUCAGAGGUGAAAUGCAGGGAACAUGCUGAAGCAAAGCAUCCAAAAUCCGAUGUGUAUGCUUGCUUCCCUCAUCUGAAGAAGUGAUGUAGACCUAUAUGGAAUAUCAUAUUUCCUUAUGUUCAGCCUCAAUUAUGAUUUAUACGCUUAGGAGAAUGUGUGUUUUAGAGUGAGGAACUAAUUAUUCCUCGUAUCUUUUCAAUGUGAGAUCGAUUCCUUCCUGCAUCCGUGUUUGAGUGAACAUUGAUGUUUAUUUGGGCUUCUUGUUUCUAAAAAAUGCUAUCUUUAUGUCUCAAA